AUGCUGUGCUGUGACAGUCGUGAGUGCGCAACUAACAACAGCUUCAGGUAGUGGCAGCAGCAGCAGCGGCAGCACCAUUACCACCACUAUUCCUAGCCCUCCGGGACGAGGCCAGCAGCACCGAUGUGUAUUGACUGCUAUAUUAACCUUUAAACAAAUGCUGUGCUGGUAGUAGCAGCAAGAGGAAGCUGCUGUCGUGCCAAUGUGAUACUACGAUAUAGCGAGUGGAGGUGCGUUCAUCAAGCGGUGGUGUGUGUCUUGGACGUGGUGGUGCUGUGGCAGAAACAGCACGAACAGCGGACGGGCGGCUGACAACGAGCCGUACGGAAAAGCCGUAGCAACAGCGGGCUAACAGAUCUGUGCGACUGCUGUAACAGCCUAGCAGCAGUGUGGCAGACGUACCGACAGCUAGACACAGACAGUGGUGCGACGAGUCGCUGAUUGGUGCUGCUGUACGGGCGCGGGGGCCCUCUGAUUUUGUGCGACGAAACACGACGAACAAGGAGUUUGUUUUUUCAGCCGAAUCUGUGUGUGCGAGUGCUCUUACAUAGUGUUGCGUAGCCCUUUUAGCACUGCUGCGAAAGGUUGUUCCAAGUUCUGUGUGCGCGACGAGGUGUUUUGUCGGUACGUCGGGCCCCGACGAUAGACUUACGGUACGCAGAAACGCUACAAAGUAGUCAGUCUUCGUCGUGGUAAAAAAUUGUGCCAGUGCUUAUAUAUCUUAGCCAAGCAGGCAAUCAAGGAGGGUCUGUCUUAAUAGACAUAUAGCUUAUCUGUUACUUAUACGUACUUAUAGAUAAACAGUGGGAAAUAAAUAUAUUACAACAGAGUACUAGUGUGCAAGGAUGUCUACCCCAGCGAGACGGCGCCUAAUGCGUGACUUCAAGCGGCUGCAGGAUGAUCCGCCUUCAGGUGUGUCGGGCGCGCCGACAGACAACAAUAUUAUGAUCUGGCAUGCUGUGAUCUUCGGACCUCAUGAUACGCCGUUUGAAGAUGGUACCUUCAAGCUAACACUUGAGUUUACUGAGGAAUACCCAAACAAACCACCUACGGUGCGAUUCGUUUCGAAAAUGUUCCAUCCCAAUGUUUAUGCGGAUGGGAGCAUUUGCCUUGAUAUUCUACAGAACAGAUGGAGUCCAACAUACGAUGUCUCCGCCAUUCUUACAUCUAUACAGUCUCUUCUGGAUGAGCCUAACCCCAACAGCCCAGCGAAUUCACUCGCGGCCCAGCUUUAUCAGGAGAAUCGACGAGAAUAUGAAAAGCGGGUAGAAGCUAUUGUUGAACAGUCAUGGCACAACUUUACGGAUGAAGAGGAUCCGGCGAACGCAAAGAAAGAGCCGCCUACAGCUGCGACCGCACACGGUUCAGGAACUAGCAACUCCUAGGACAACGACGACGUUGGCAGCAAAGGGAAAAAUAUAAUGUGAAUUGUCGAUUAGAGCGAAAGAGAAAGCGAGCAAGGGACAGACGAGCAAACACACAUUAUUACUGAAACAAAGCGACAACAGAGAUGCAACUAUAAUUAUAACACUAAUUAAACGAUAUGAGUACGCGGAGAACACAUAGCAGUACCCAUAGCCGAAAUAAACAAACAACAAAAGCAUGAAAAUAAUAACCGGCAUAAUCAUUCUGUCAUAUUAUUCACCGCAACAACAACAACAAUAGCGACGGCAACAACAACAACGACACCAACAAUAUAAACAUCAACAUUAACAACAAU